UUCACAGCUUCCUGGGAGCGAGUGCUUUCUCAAGCCCAUCUUACAAGGUCUUCCACUUCGGCACAAUGCUACUGCCUAAAAAAAUGAAGCUCCUGCUGUUUCUGGUUUCCCAGAUGGCCGUCUUGGCUCUAUUCUUCCACAUGUACAGCCACAACAUCAGCUCCCUGUCUAUGAAGGCGCAGCCCAAGCACAUGCACGUGCUGGUUCUGUCUUCCUGGCGCUCCGGCUCUUCUUUUGUGGGGCAGCUUUUUGGCCAGCACCCAGAUGUUUUCUACCUGAUGGAGCCUGCUUGGCACGUGUGGAUGACCUUCAAGCAGAGCACCGCCUGGACGCUGCACAUGGCCGUGCGGGAUCUGAUACGGGCUGUCUUCUUGUGCGACAUGAGCGUCUUUGAUGCCUACAUGGAACCUGGUCCCCGGAGACAGUCCAGCCUCUUCCAGUGGGAGGACAGCCGGGCCCUGUGUUCUGCACCUGCCUGUGACAUCAUCCCACAAGAUGAAAUCAUUCCCCGGGCUCACUGCAGGCUCCUGUGCAGUCAACAGCCCUUCGAGGUGGUGGAGAAGGCCUGCCGCUCCUACAGCCAUGUGGUGCUCAAGGAGGUGCGCUUCUUCAACCUGCAGUCCCUCUACCCGCUGCUGAAAGACCCUUCCCUCAACCUGCACAUCGUGCACCUGGUCCGGGACCCCCGGGCCGUGUUCCGUUCCCGAGAACGCACAGAGGGAGAUCUCAUGAUUGACAGUCGCAUUGUGAUGGGGCAGCAUGAGCAAAAACUCAAGAAGGAGGACCAACCCUACUAUGUGAUGCAGGUCAUCUGCCAAAGCCAGCUGGAGAUCUACAAGACCAUCCAGUCCUUGCCUAAGGCCCUGCAGGAACGCUACCUGCUCGUGCGCUAUGAGGACCUGGUUCGAGCCCCUGUGGCCCAGACUUCCCGAAUGUAUGAAUUCGUGGGAUUGGAAUUCUUGCCCCAUCUUCAGACCUGGGUGCAUAACAUCACCCGAGGCAAGGGCAUGGGUGACCACGCCUUCCACACAAAUGCCAGGGAUGCCCUUAAUGUCUCCCAGGCUUGGCGCUGGUCUUUGCCCUAUGAAAAGGUUUCUCGACUUCAGAAAGCCUGUGGCGAUGCCAUGAAUUUGCUGGGCUACCGCCACGUCAGAUCUGAACAAGAACAGAAAAACCUGUUGCUGGAUCUUCUGUCUACCUCGACUGUCCCUGAGUAAAUCCACUAAGAGGGUUGAGAAGGCUUUGCCGCCACCUGAUGUCAGCCUCAGUCACUUUCUCUGAAUGCUUCUGAGCCUUGCCUACAUCUCUGAGCCUUAACUACGUGUCUGUGGGUAGUCUGUGGGUAUACUCACGCUGAGUAUAAGUUGUGUCCACACGUGCUCAAGCAGAAGGACUUUUGUGUCCAUACUUGUGUCUAGAAAACAGACUCAGGAACCUUAUGUGAGCAGCACAUCCCACCAGUGAAACCGGGUAUUGCUCUUCUUCUUUUCUUGAUCUUCCUGUCUGGGCAGACUUCAGAGACUUUGUGGCCUGGAGGCCUAUUAAGCAUGACACAGUAUCAGUGGAAUUGAUCCAUAAACCUCCCUGUCCACAUCUUGCCCAAUGGGGAAUGGAUCUUUCACCAAAGAGCUCACCAGCAUUCUCCACAGAGAUGCAAAUUCUGAGCCCUUGGAGUUCCCAGUGGAUUCAAGGAAGGAAGUGGGAACAAGGUUGGAUGCCUACUUGUGAGCUUGACCAUCACAGCUAUCGGUAAUCAGAAAUAUGAAACAAAAUCUCUGCACAAAAGAGCAAGCUCUUAAGUUCACAGGGUGCCUGGGCUGCAUUUGAAUAUCACUUCCCCUCUGCAUUUUCCUAUCACAUAGAAGACUUUGACCUGUGAAGCUGCCAUGUGUUAAUACUACAAUUCCAAAAUAAGAUUCUGUUUAGAAUGUCCCUUUUUAUGCUCCUUAAUUAUUAGAAGUAAAUGUUCAUUCUUAUGGGAUCCUAA